GAUAAUCGCCUCUCUUACAAGGAGAGAACAUUUACGUACAGUCUACCGGCAGUAGUAAACAAUCAUUUUGAGCGCACGCACUUCUCUGGAAUUAAGGAGCUUGAGCAGGAUAGGUUCAUCUUCUGGGAACACCUCAAGUGUAUAGGAGACGACAUCAAGAUACUUGGAAUAAAUUAG